AUGAACUUAGGGCUUCUCUGCGCCUGGGAAGGGGGAACAGUCUGGCUCCUUGAUAUCAUCCCUGUGAGCUGCACCUUAACUGCUCAGGGCCGGUACCCUGCUCUUUUCUCUCCUGUGUCCUCAGGGUGCAGCUCUGACCCCAUCCAGAGCUCCUCCGGGCUCAGGUCUGAGCGGGAGGUGGGGGUGCAGGAGGCGUGCCGAUGGCUUGGUGGCCUCAGCAUCCUCUGUCGGUCGACGCAGAGGUCUCUGAAUCAACUUUUACAUUUUGUCCACGGGAACCAAGAAAACCAGAGUGCUGAAGUCACUUUCAUUCUCUUGGGCUUCUCAGAAUAUCCCAAACUCCAGACACCCCUUGUCCUGUUAUUCUUAACCAUCUACUCCGUCACUGUGCUGGGGAACCUGGGCAUGAUCCUGAUUAUCAAGGUAAAUCCCAAACUCCACACCCCUGUGUACUGCUUCCUCAGACACUUGUCCUUUGCUGAUCUCUGUUCCUCAACAGUAGUUACCCCCAAGCUACUAGAAAACCUGACUGUGGAAGACAGAACCAUCUCCCUCACAGGAUGCCUCAUGCAGUUCUUCCUUGCCUGCACAUUUGUGGUGACAGAGACAUUCCUGUUGGCAGCGAUGGCGUAUGACCGAUUUGUGGCUGUUUGCAACCCUCUUCUCUACACAGCUGUGAUGUCCCAGAAGCUUUGUUCCUUACUGGUGGGUGCAUCACACUCUUGGGGUACAGUCUGCUCCCUGACUCUUACCUGCUUUUUAUCCGAAUUGUCCUUUAGAGGAAAUAACAUCAUAAAUAACUUUGUCUGUGAGCAUGCGGCCAUUGUUGCUGUUUCCUGCUCUGACCCCUACAUUAACCAGGAGAUCAUUUUAGUCUCUGCCACGUUUAAUGAAGUAAGCAGCCUGAUGAUUAUUCUUACCUCCUAUGUUUGCAUUUUUAUCACUGUUCUGAAGAUGCCUUCGACUGGGGGGCGCCACAGAGCCUUCUCCACCUGUGCCUCCCACCUGACUGCCAUCACCAUCUUCCACGGGAGCAUCCUUUUCCUCUAUUGUGUUCCUAACUCCAGAAGCUCAUGGCUCAUGGUCAAGGUGGCCUCUGUCUUUUACACAGUGGUCAUCCCCAUGCUGAGCCUGCUGAUCUACAGCCUCAGGAACAAAGAUGUGAAAGAGACUGCUAGGAAGCUAGUUAACACCAAAUUAUUAUGUCAACAAAUGUAA